CGAAAAUAUGAAUAUUUGGCAAUUUUGUUUUCUCGUCUCGUCUUGUUGCGGAUUGUCAUUUUGCUAACUUGUUCUUGUUCAGUUCAUGUUGAGUUGGUCUUAAGAAGGAAAUCUUCUGAGAAAGAGGUAACAGCUAUUGUUUGUUUAAGAAGUAAACAUCGAUAUAAACUGGUACCAUUCAAUUUUCCCCAACUCGAUAUUAAUUUGAACAUAAAUUAGCAACUGAUUAGUAGUAAUACAAAAAGUGGGCACAAAGAACCAAAUAUGGUGUUAGUUAUAUCUCAAGAAACUUUUGACGAUGCUGUUCGUGAAAAUAUUGAAGAUUUGGGAUUAUCACCAGAAGAAGCUUUGAGAGAAGCAGUGACCCAAUUUGAAUCCCAAGGCGUUGAUUUGAGUAACAUUAUUAAAGAACUUAGUCUAUCUUCUAAAGAAGCAGAGAAUAUUGGAGCUGAAGUGAACAAAUUGAAAACUUUAACCAAAGUAGAUACACCAGAUAAAGUUAUAAUGGACCAAAUGGAGAUAAUUAAAGUGGAAUGUGACAAGGGACUUUCAAAUAGAGUAGCAGUAGGAAAAGCUGGAGCAUACGAUGCAUUGUUGGACGUUCUUGAAGUAAAAAAAUCUUACAUAGUGGUUGAAAGAACUUGUCUAAAGACCUUAAUAGCACUAAUGACCAAGCAACCCGAUUUGUUAGAUGAUCGCGGAAUAAAAUUAAUGCUUACUUUCCUUACAAUUAAAACGGACUUUGAUCUGAAAAAGUUAACCUUAAGGUGGAUUAAAAGCUGCUGCGUUCUUCAUGAACACAACAGGCAGAACAUAUUCAACGCCCACGUUUUGGACAAACUAAAGGAAUUACUAAAUGACGGAAGCAGUGAUAUUUUAAGAGAAGUUUUAGCCGUUUGUCGAGCUCUAGUAUUGGAUGACGACAUUAGAGUGGAAUUCGGUAAUGCCCAUGAACAUGCACGAAUUAUUGCCAGUGAAAUUUUGUGCCCCUUGACUCAGUUAAUGACACGUUUUAAAGCAGAUGAACCUUUUAUUCACGACCUGAUGUUAACUGUAUCUACUUUAAUGGUCAGAACUGAAUUUUGUCAAAAAGUUCAAGAUGCCGGAGGAAUUGAAAUGAUUGGAGAAGUGAUGAACAAUUUUGCUGCUAAUGAGAAGAUCAUUAGACAAUGUUUUAAGCUAAUAAAGUCUCUAGCAGGAAAUGACACUUGCAAAGCUUACUUGAUAGAAAAAGGUUUGGCUCCCAUUAUUACAAACUCUUUAGCGGUUAAUAAGGUUAAUGCAUUAACAGCGGUAGCUGGUCUGAACGCUGUGGCAGCUUUGACUCUUAGAUCACCUGAAAAUAGUAAAGCACUUUUUAAAGCAGGUAUGCCAGCAGCUAUUACAGAAAUUAUGAAGAUAUAUCCAGAUGACAAACAAAUCCAUAAAGCUGGAAGCAGAGCUAUUAGAAAUAUGGUUUCACGUAGCAGAGACCAAAACCGAACGUUCAUAGACUUGGGAAUUGAAGAGAUUCUUCAAGCUGAUUUGAAAAAAUUCGAGGAUAUAGAUUAUGACAUUAAAGCCGCUCUCCGCGACUUAGGCUGUAACGUUAAACUUAAAGAAGAAUGGACUGGCAAAGGCGGUGCUCUUUCAACUGGAGGCACAGUUUCUUAAAGACUGUUUUUAUAUCGAAACCCGAUAGCUUUAUAAUUAUAUCGUUCAUACCAAGUGAUGAUUGCUAUAAUUUAUAAAUAGUAUAUAGUAUUGACCUUAAUAA